UUCUUUUCUUUUCCACACCGGCCCCGUGAGCAAAGACAACCUCCUCUCCCCGUCUCCGUCGCAGGUCAUCCCGUGGAUUAGCCGGAAAUUCCAGGAUAGCCGCCGGAGAUCUCAAAAGUGAAUGAAAGCAGUUCUAGGAAGGGAGUGACAGAAUGCUUUUAUCCAAUAUAAUGUUAUGAAACUUUAUUUGUUGUUUCGAUGCAAAAUCAUCAUUUGUCUACCGAUGUGGCAUGAACAUUUCACUUCUGGAUUCUGCAUGCAGAGUCAAAGUAGUUUUAGGAAGGGAGUGAGAGAAUAUGCAUCAGAGAGGACCUGGGAACGGAAGGCCUUCUGGAACUGAUGGUUCUGAUUUUUCCUAUCGCAUGGUAGUGGACUCACGCUAUAAAAAGGUCGCUGAAUACAAGUCUCGCCUUUCUGUUCUCAUCUUCACCCAGGCUAUUAUUCAAUUGUUAGCAGCAGUGAAUGUAUUUUUAUCCACAACUAAGAUGGAGGAGCUUGACAAAAUUGCAGUUUCUUCAUCUGUUAUAUGUUUCAUUUCUCUCUUCAUAGGAGAAUUAGGUAGGAAGCGAAGCCGGGCAAGUUUUCUGAAGUUAUACAUGUUAGGAUCAUCAAUAGCUGUACUGAUAUCAACUGCUAAUCUCUCAAGGAGUGCUUAUGUGGUACAAGUUAUCAAGGAUUUUAGUAGCUGGGGUACGUCAAUGCUUGAACUUUCAAAGGUUGCAACUGGCCUGCUAGGAUUCGUGGUACAAUUAUAUACAAUCAGUACGACGACAUCUCUUAUCCGCAAUAUGGCUCCUCCUAAGAGGACUGCUUGAUGAUGAGAUUAGCCACCACCAUUUAUCUGAUUUGUCUUUUAACUUGCUUUUGUGGGCAUUUACUUUGCUUUACUUUGUGAUGGAGGAGAACUUUUCACCCACCUUUUUCUCACUUCGAAAAGAUGUUGUACAAGGGUAUAAAUGAUGUAUAAACCAGUGUUACUAAUUCAUACAUCAAAUUGUUCUUUUCCCUCUUGCAG